CUGGUCUACGGCCGCCGUUCGGGGGGUUGCUACGCAGUUGAUAUCGGCUACGCCAGCGCGCGGAGGGGCGCGCGGGGCUGCGCGCGGAGCGGCGGUUUCGGGGCGAAACUGCUGCGUAAUGCGUGCCGCGUGACGCCUUCGCUGCUUCUGGAAAGCGGAGAUGCGACGUUCGGAGUCACGGGCUCGUCCAUGAGAUGGAGCCACAGGUGCUUGUUUGGCGGAUUUGGAACACGCGACGUUUGCUAUUGUCGAGUGGGUUCGUUUUUGGAGUCUGUGGCGUCUCUCCUUCAUGUGGCUCUCUCUCCUCCGUCUCUCCGCAGGGUAACGUGGAAUACUUACUUAAAUGGCAAGGAUGGUCCCCAAAGUGAGUACAGCACCUGGGAGCCGGAGGACAACAUUUUGGACCCCCGUUUGGUCCUGGCGUACGAGGAGAAUCAGGAGAAGCUGAGAGCUCUGGCCUAUCGCAGGAAAGGUCUCAGACCCCGGAGGCUGCUGCUGCGGAACGUCUUUGCCAUGGACCUCCGCAGCGCCCACAAGGUGAUGGACAAGCCCCCUCCCCGCCUCCGCCUCUCCCUCACCAGGUCCAUGAGCACGGACGUGGAGCAGGUGCUGCGGCGCCCGGCCCUCAGGCGCAGCCGGCAGAGGGGGGCCAAAGGGCGACUGACCGCCAGCAAGCUCCUCCGUCCGCUGAGGAAGAAGGAGCAGCCGCUGGACGAGGAGUGGGCCACCAGCGAGGAGGACAAGCCCGAGUCGGAGGGCAUCGCCGAGGAGAGAUGCGACGACGGCUCUUACGGUUGGUUUUUGGCCGACGUGUGGCCGCCCGGUCCUGAUGCCCGCCGGUCAGGGGGACUCAGACAUGCCCCGUUCUCUCCUAAAGGUCAGUCGGAGUGCAGCUCGCUGCCGUCGCUGGAGCAGCAGGACCUGGACAUUGAGGUGGAGGAGAAGGUGGACGGCUGCCUGAUAGCGGUGGCCGCCGAGACGUGGGACGACGACGAGUCGGACGGGGGGCCGGAGGCGGUGGCGGUCGAAAAAUGCCCGAACCAAACGUCGGCGUGCGAGCAAUUGCGCGCCGGCGGGUGGGCGCCCGAGGCCAGGCCGGGACACGCCGUUCCCGCCGGCGACCGGUCAGUUUGGGGUGGAGGAGAGAGCCUCAGGGCCGAAAGCCAGAGAAGCAACACGGCCUCGGUCAUAGUGAGGGUCCAGGGGGGCGUCCGGGCGUCCGGCGCCGUUUGCCCCCCCUCUGAGCCGGCGGAGGAGAGAGGCGACAAUCAGAGGGUCAGCGUGACGUCCGGCGGCGCUCCGGCUGCCCCCGACGCAGCUGACCGUCCCGAGAAGGUGAUCGUGACACAUGUGACUCUGAACUCCCUAACGGUGACUUUUAAAGAAGCCCCGGUGGCCAAAGGCUUCUUUAAGGGCUACUGA